AUGCAAAAGUAUUCCUUGGACUCACUGGGCGAAUUCUUGGUGGAGAUGUUGCCAGGUUUUCCAGAGGCUGGUUGUCCAGAGAGGAUGAAGGUCAAAGAAGUGAAGGCGGUCGACUACGCGACCUUCGCCCUGUUGGCUGCCUGGGACAACAGCAUCACAGUCAUGGAGAACUCGCUGAAUUUCUUCCAGAUGCUCGUCGAGAAGUUGAUCGCCAAGGAGGAUGAACUUCAGAUCUCAGGAUACCACGAAAGUUUGCUGAUGUGUGUGAUUGCCAGGAAUGGCUCUGCCAACCUCACAUGUAGGUCGUUGAAGGAGGUCCAAGCUGAAAACACCAAGCAGCAAAGGGUGUCCACACCCAAAUAUGUAGAGCGCCUCGCUCUCGCCGAUAUGGCACAAGCAAUGUCCCUCCCACCACAACGCCUAUGA